AUGACAUCAAUUCCUAAUAGUACCCAAUCAAAUGAUUACUACCUAAUAAAUCCUGAAGAUAUUUAUAAAUCACCAAAACCUACUCCAAAAGACAAUCUAAUAAAAUUAUAUGGAUUAAUCCCAGUGACAAAAUCUUUAACUCGUACAAAUCCUGAUGGAUCUAAAGGAGUAAAAUUAAGAAAAUCAUAUAAAAAUCAUAUUCAAGAUUUACCAGGUAAACAUCAAAUAUCACCAGCAAAACCAAUUCCUCCAGGAUUAUUAGAUCCUUUGAUUGAACAACAUCCUGAUAUUAUAAAACCAUUAGAUCCAGAAUUAUUAAAUAAGGCAUUAAAAUUUGAUCGUACUCCAAUUAAUGGGAUACCAGGAUUUAAUAGUUCAGAUUUGGCAAUAAAUGAUCAACAAACAUUAAUGAGAGGUGAUGAUAUGGGAGAUGAUGAACAUGGAAAGAAAAUUAAACGUAAGAAAAAAAUACAGAAUGGUGGUGAUCCAAAAAGACAACAUAUAUAA